AUGGGCCAAAAGGGCAAGGCCGUCCUGAUCCGGCUGCUCAGCGAAGCGGGCACGGGCUUCUUCUACACGACGCGCAAGAACCCGCAGAAGACGCUGCACAAGCUCCAGUUCGUCAAGUACGAUCCCGUCGUGCGCCAGCACGUGCUCUUCACGGAGAAGAAGAUGCCGUCGGGCAAGAAGCGAUGA